AUGCGUCUCACGCAGGCGCUCCUCUCGUCUGCGCUGGCGGCGCUCUCCAUGGCUGCCACCACAAACACUCUCAACGCGACGACGACCAGUGGAGGAGGCUCAGCACCGACGUCCGGGUCCGCGGAGCCCUACAAACUCCAGACUCCGCCGCUCGACACGGAUUGGACAUCCAAGGUCGGGACAAACCCUUGGCCGGAGCACCCACGACCGCAGCUGCGCCGAGAGAAGUGGCUGAACCUGAACGGCAUCUGGACCUACCGGGCCGCGAGCGGAGGUGAUGAUGUCAACCACCCGCCUUCCGGCAGCACGCUGGACAGGGAGGUCCUGAUUCCGUCGUGCAUCGAGAGCGGACUCUCCGGGCUCCAGGAGCUCGGCGUGAGCCAUUUUUGGCUGGCGACGACGUUCCAGGUGCCCAUGGACUGGGGGAAUCAGACGGUGCUCAUCAAUUUUGAGGCCGUGGACUACGAAGCGACCGUCUUCAUCAACGGCCAGAAGGCCGGGUUCCACCGCGGAGGAUACUUCCGCUUCACGAUCGACGCGACGAUGUACCUCAAACCCGGCGGUAACAACACUUUGCUAGUUUUUGUCUUUGACCCCACGGAUGAGCCGGGCUAUGUCGUUCCAAUCGGCAAGCAGACCAGGUCCCCUUCACACAUCUUCUACCGUUCAUGCUCCGGCAUCUGGCAGACGGUCUGGCUGGAGAGCACUCCGCAAAACCGAAUCACCCAGUUGGACGUGGCCGCUGACCAUCAAGGAAAUGUCAACGUGCUUGUUCACAGCUACUCCAGCCCGCCGUCGCAAGUGCACAUUGCUGUCAUUGACAAUAAUGGCCAAACUAUAGGGGAGAGCGACGGAACCUCCGACUCCCCCUUCAACUUCACCGUGUCUUCGCCCAACGUUUGGUCGCCGUCAAACCCCAAUCUGUACAACAUUACGGUGACGAUGGGCCGGGACAAGGUUUCGAGCUACACCGGCUUCCGCACAAUCUCUACCGGCAUGGUUGAUGGAGUCAAGCGCCCUCUGCUGAAUGGCGAGUUCAUCUUCAUGUUCGGAACCCUCGACCAGGGAUACUGGCCCGACGGGCUUUACUUGCCGCCGACCGUGGAGGCUAUGACCUAUGACCUGAAAGUGCUCAAGAACCUUGGCAUGAAUAUGGUUCGCAAGCACAUCAAAGUUGAGCCUGACUUGUUCUAUCACGCUUGUGACACGCUCGGCCUUCUCGUCAUCCAGGACAUGCCAAGCCUGACAGCCGACUCUUCGCGUCUGCCAAACCCCGAGCAGCAGGCCGAGUUCGAGCGCCAGCUGCAGCUCAUGAUCCAAGAGCACAAAAGCUACACCAGCAUUGUCACCUGGACCAUCUACAACGAAGGCUGGGGCCAGCUCAGGGGCCCGCCCUACCCAGAGGAGACCCUCGUAGAGAUUGUCCGCAAAAUCGACCCAACGAGGCUCAUCGACGCCAACAGUGGCUGGUAUGAUCACGGAUUCGGCGACUACUCUGACAAUCAUCACUACGCCAAUCCCCAGUGUGGCACGCCGUUUUAUUCUCUUGCCUCGUCGCCUUAUGACGCGUCGCGCAUCGGGUUUCAGGGUGAAUUUGGUGGCAUCGGGCACAACGUCUCCAUCGAGCAUCUCUGGAACGUGCAGCAGGCGAUCGAUACCAUCAACCAGACGUACGAGAUCGACGAGAACCUCGAGGCCUACAACUACCGUGGCCGAGUGCUUCUCAGGGAGUUCCGUGAGCAGGUGGAGAUGUACGCGUGCAGCGGCGGCGUCUGGACGCAGACGUCCGAUGUUGAGGGCGAGGUCAACGGCCUGGUCACGUACGACCGCCGCGUCCUUCGGCCCGAUAUCGCACAGUGGCAGGUGGACAUCAAGAGCUUGUUCGACGCCGCCCGGUCCAGGAGCGGCUCCGUGAACGGUACCAUGUAA